AUGGAGGAGGCAAUGUCUCAUGGCGCGAAUCCUCGACGUAAGCGAGCCAGCAAAGCCUGUGUAGCUUGUCGCUCUCGCAAAGUCCGAUGCGAUGUCACCCAUAGACCGCAUCAGUGCACAAAUUGUGCCCUGGAUAACAUCCAAUGUGUUGUGAAAGACAGACGCACCAAAUAUCGAAAACGAUCUCCUGUCGUUCUCGAAAAGCAGCAGCGGACACAAUUCAGACACAGCUUACAGAUAAUCUUACCAAAGGACCCAAGCUCUGCUGCGUCGGAUGACAUGGACUCCCCAAACGAUCCAUGUCUAGAGCCAGGCCGCUCAGUGGAAUGUGGCCCUGAAAGCCCGUCCAUGUGCUUCGAGGCUCUUUGGGAUCAACCUGAAAUAGAUUUCCCUGCUGAACGACUGAUUCAAGGUGCAACCGAACAUCAUUCUGACUUUACGAUUGUCUCGGACAACUCUCGGGCUCCUCAAGCAGAGCCAAAGCCAGCCCCAAGCUCCGAGGCAACGAUCUCUGGCCAAUCACAUAUUAUAUACUCAUACUACUCCUUCCUUGACCUCGAUAUCUCUGGUUUAUUGCCUGAUGAUAUAAACUACCUCGAAGCCCAAGGCUGUUUUCGAGUCCCCACUCCGGAAGCCUUGGAUGAGUUUGUUCAAGAGUACUUUUUACAUGUUCACCCAGCGCUUCCGUUGUUGGAUGAAGCCUGGUUCUGGGCCAUCUAUUCAAGAUCUGCACGGGGCAGAUCAAAUCUAUCUCUUUUCGUUUUCCAAGCCAUGCUAUUUACUGCAUGUAGUUUCCUACCAUUUUCAACCAUCAAAAGUCUUGGAUUUGCUUCAGUACAUAAUGCAAGGAACACAUACUACCGUCGCAGCAAGCUCUUGUUUGAUCUUUGCAGUGAGAGGAACCUUGUGUCCAGUGCGCAGGGGGCGCUUUUGCUAUCUUACAAUGGAACAAUGAAGGACCAAAAACGUACCAAUUCAAUCUGGCUCUCAACUGCAAUCCACUUAGCUCAGGCCGCAGGUGCAGAUCAAUUCCAUACCAGCCUAAAUCCGAGUUUGACAUCGGUAAAUGAGCUGAAACGACUGUGGUGGUGCUGUAUAGUACGGGACCGAAUACUGCCUCUUGGGAUGCGACGACAACUACACAUUACAUCACUGGAUGUGGCUCACAUCAACUACUUGCCUACCGAGAAAGACUUUUGGCGAGAGAUUGACGGGUCUCAGGUCUACGCACCACAAACCAAACGAACGCUAGUCCGGUUAUUCAUCACGCUGUGUGAGCUGACUGUUCCGCUCACUGAUGUCAUCAAGAUCGUUUAUCCUACAGGCCGCUUGACUGAUAUCCAUUCCCCAGUUGUUCAUGAUGCCCAAAAGGGACGGGAUUCACUGGAGUCCUGCGAGGCUGGCUUGGAAGCUUGGUUCGAAAGGGCAACCAUCCAGUUUCCGACGCCUGCCGGUAUCAUCACUCGCGAGGGGUCUCUUGUGUUAUACACAAACUUACUCUAUAUAUACUAUUACGCUGCUUGCUUCGCACUUCAUCAGCACAAGGCCUUUAUUAUCAGCCAGGAACAGACCAAAGCGACUUCAGAUCUGCAACAGACUAAGAGCAAAAUCGAGGAUGCUGCCCUUGGCAUCACAGAGAACCUGAAAGAGCUUAUCCAACUGAGGUUAGAAAGGUUCUUGCCAAUUAGCAUCACUGCAUAUAUCGCUGUUCCUCUGGUGCUACAUAUCCUUGAUGUAAGACUUGCAAAAAGGCCACUACAAAUAGCCCAGAAGCAAGGGAAGCUUAAUGUUUAUGUUGAGACUAUGAAGACUAUGCAGAAACUCUAUGAUGGAGUUGAUGAUGUUUGGACUUUUAUCAGAACAGCAAUGGAUUAUGCCACGAUACAGGACGCAGAGAAUGAAACAAGUUCACUGAAUGGUUCCUGCAUUGACGCUAUUGGAGGUCUGGGAUCGAAAUCUCAACUGACAAAAGACAACGAUUAUGCCAACGACUGGGGUAAUGUCCUCGUCAUGGAACCUGUUCUAUACUUCCGGCUUUCUCGAACCAUCGACCACUCAUUAGCUCUCGGGCGAUACUCCGAGGACUCUACACUUGGCCUCGCUGCACCUCAUGCGCGUCUACCUUCUCCUAGGCUCUUUACUAUCGACAUAGGUUCCCCCGAGCAAACUGUCGAUGACACCGCUUGCGAGCACUACGAGGCGCCAACAGAUGAUGCUAAAUCACCUGAGGCUGGCCAAGAUCAGUUUUCACUAGGACCUCAAAUGCUGGAUGAUAUGCAUGAGUUUGUUACUUAUGACUUUGGAAUGGACGAUAUGCAGGCUCCGAUAGACUUUAACAGGUCUGAGCGAUAG